AGUGGGCCCGAACUCUCCGAACCAGUGACGCCACGAUCCAUUCACGCGACGUUGACGUCACACGGGCUCGCUGAUUUAGGUCCACGGUGAAGGCGUGGCAGGGAGAAGUUUCAGGGUCAGCUGACCCAAUGUGAGUGGCCCGAAUAACCUUCUUCUUUAAAUGAAACAUGAUACGCUGCUUAUUCUGGGAACAAACUAGAGUUCCCACUUGUUCGGUCUCUGGUGUCCGCUUCUCUAACUGGGCCACGCACACUGGUCACCAUGGCAACCUCUCCCGGCCCCCGCGAGGACUCGUAUUCACCUGCAGUGUCACGUGAUCAGCGAGGAUGAAGCGGUCAGGAGGACGAGUCAUUUUCACAGGUCCAGACGGGGUGGGAGAUUACCGGCCCAGGUCGGGUUCCAUCCCGCGGUUCAUUGGAGAGGGAUCCACGUCAUGCGAGACCACCGGCGACCUGCAGUACCUGACCCGGGCCGCUCCUGGUGCCCCUUCCCCCGCCCCGAGGGCCUGCCACGUGGGAGAGGUGGGCUGGGGCUGGGAGUUCAACCAGCAACUUAACGGGCAGACGCUCCGGAGCAACAUGCAGAUCAAGAAGACUGAGGUGCGAGUCGCAUUGGGGACAGACGGAACCACCAGUCAGUGUGUGUGUCUCACGCAUCACUCGUACACGCCUGUACACACACUCACACGCUUGAUUCCUCCGUUCUGUUGUUCCUCUCUCCAGGAGAGCUGAGGAGCCAAGGCCUCCAGCAGGGGGCGCCAUGUAGCCUGGCAUGGCCGUUAUGAGAUGAUUUCUCUGCAAGGGGGUUCAAAAUUCACGUGUUCAUCUCUUUCCACUCAACGAGUCUCAACUCCAGAAUACCAACUCUGAUCUGAUAAGGACAUAAAAGCAGUGUAAUCUGAGCAACAUCAUCUCAAUCUGAUUAACAGAUAAAUAGGUAGGUAUUCAGUUAGAUAAAUAAGACUUUAUUGAUCUAGAGGGAAAUUCAAGCGUCCACGAGCAUAAAACAACCAUUGCAGACAGUAAAAUAAGAUAAAGGUAGAAACAGGUAAAAAACAAACAAACAAACAUUGGAACACUGUGGAUUAGAAGAUGUGAGUGUUCACUUCUUCAUGACUCAGGUAGUCUGGGCUCUGGACGAGGGAGUUAAUCCGGUUGAUAUUGGAGCCUCCACAUGAUCCAGAUGAAGUGACAUGACCAGGUCACGUGACGUGAUUUGCACAGACGACGACAUGAGCAGCUUCACAACAACGAUGCACCCUCACCCCUUCAUGUGGCCACAUGAUGUGGUGGUGUCAGACGUCUGGCUUCGCUUGACACUGAAACUGAAUGCAGACAUGAUAUGAAA